AUGGUUUGCAACCCAACAGAAUAUUGGGGCGUUUUACACAACUUGUGUGAAAAGUAAGUAACUCGAUCCAAAAUGAUACAAUAAAUUAUUUAAACCCGAAGGUAACAUAGUCCCGAGGAGGAGUGUUGUUGCUAGUAGUAACUGACAUUUCGACAACCAUGGCGGAAGUCAUCGUCAGACUCAUAUUGGAGACAACUUUUCUAAUUGUAACUUUUUUGAUUUUAUUUUGCAGGAAUAAUGUCAAUUUUCUAACAGGUAAGGAGCCUUUCACUACAGCGACUUAUCACUUCUUUAGUCUCUCUAAACCAAGCUCCACACACCUCCCCUUCUUGGCAAGCCCUCUCCCCUACCCCAGUCCUCCCUCUACAACCUUCCAGCUCCAAUUCUCAUUUGUGUUCUCAAACACUGAGACAGCGAUGGACGACUUGUAGCUAGAAAUACUGGCACUAUUUUUGAUUGCUGGUGUCUCCUUCAACCAAUCCGUCUAUCUUUAAAAUGGGAACUUCCUACAUUCGUGCUAGUUGAUUCGUCCACUAAGGUGCCUGAAUUGUUUUGCUUUCUUCAAUUGUUUGUAAAAGGCUCCUGGUGGCCCAUUCUUGAGGAACUUUACGAGGAGCGUGUGCCAGUGUACAGAUUUAUUCAAAGGCCUGGUGACCUAGUCUGGCUCAGUCCUGGGGUAGUACAUUGGGUACAGUCGUCGGUGAGCAGUUAUCUUUUUAUACUCUUAAGAUCUCAUUAGUAGUUCUCUUUUCUGUUUGCCAUACAGUUCUUGUUCUGUUAGGUUGGAGAAUUUGGUGUUGGAUCAACCGAUGAUCCCCUUAUUGACAUUUUUCUUUAUUCUCAUCACUUGUCUGCGUGAUAUUGUAGAGCUAUUGUAAGGAGAAAUUCUGUCUUGGUCACUCCAUAGGAGUAAGGAUGAAACUGUGUAAUUUGAAAUUACAGAAGUGCUAGUUAUGUUUCUCUCAUUUUUGGUGAUGAAAGUUGUGAUAAAAUUUACUUGUAUUUUAGGGUUGGUGUAACAAUAUUGCCUGGAAUGUCGGUCCUCUUACAGGUGAGUGUAGGUAGAGAUUCCACGCAAUUUAUUUGGACGUAUUCGUGACGUUCCAGUCAUAUUUCAUCACUGCUACCUUUUUUAUCUGGAACGCUUCAUAUCUCUAAUAUUAAAAUGAUCAUUUUGCAGAGGACAUGUACACAGCAGCUAUAGAAAGAUAUGAAUGGAACAAACUACAAGGUGAGAAAUUGAUUAACUACAGUAGAGCGGUUUACAAACAUCUCAAGGUGUUUUUCUUUUGUCACCCAUGUUUCACGUGGAGUAGUGCAGUUAGGCAGUGGCUGUAUUAAGUAUAUUUUAGGAUACUGACAGCAGAUCACAUCGCUUUUACUUUGAUUUACUAACCGUUUGAUUACUUUCCUUCUCAAUAACGCUGUUGUUUUGGUUCAAAAGCCCCACAAAUUUCUUAUGAAUGAUGAUCGAGGAGUGAUCAGUUUAUCAAGGCAUACUAUUUGACAAAGCUAGGAAGAAGGCGCUUUGCUCCUUCAACUUUAGGUUUUUUACGGUCCAGGUCCCGGUUGUUCGAAGGUUGGAUAACGCUAUCUGCUGGAUAAAUCUCAAUCCGGUGGAUAGUAUAGUAUGUUUUUCGAUCAUUUAUCCGCUUAUCCGUUGGAUAACGUUAUCCAACCUUUAUACAACUGGACCCAGCUGUCUAGUUCAAUGCGGCCGAUUUGAACUGUUAUUUAUGAAAUUCCCUGCAAUUUCAACUUCAGGUGAGAAGUCCAUUGUGGCCAUGCUACACUUGUCGUGGAACCUCGCAAGAAAUGUGAAAGUCACCGAAAGGAAGUUGUUUGAACAUAUUAGGUGAGUCUGCGCGAAAAUUGUGCUCUUGUUCCUCUCCUCCUCAGAUGAUUGUUAAUCCAUUAACGAAGGCGUACUUUCAUUGAAUUGUUCCUGGAAAUCCGUGCGGUUAGACUGUCUCUCUCCCCUUUCUCUGCUAGUUGUAAUCUCGCAAGUGUUGCGUUUGAUUUCAGAGUUGUGCUGGCCAGGUCACUCAAGUAUUGUCAGAUUACUGUGGAGAAACUAAAGCAUGCUGGGAUUGAGGUGAUGUGGCAUGGGAAAAAACACAAUGAAGGAUCUCAUUACUGUUUUCAGUGCGAGGUGAGCAGCUCUUCUGUUGGACUACAUGUUGUGUUGAGUUCUUCCUUGUACAUUUUUUUUUUCGACAUAUGGGAAGCGUUACAACACAUUUUAAGUAGAGUUUAGGGCCUUGGAAGUGGCGAAUCGCGCUUACUAGCUGAUGUGUAACAAGCUGUGCAAAUCUCGAGUUGAAUUUUACAACCCCUGAUGAUCAAAUUUGUCGAAAAACCAUAAAAGAAGAGUAGAGAGACUGGUAGCUAGAGUUCGUUGCACGUCGGAUGAUUAGCUCUGUGAGUUUUAAGCCCAAAUUCCAAUUUCCAUUUCGCUUUUUGCAGUUUUUUCGGUUUUCUUUUGAGUCCUUAUUGGCCUCUCAUGACGUGUUCCCUUGAUCGUGCAUGUUCUACAAACACCACGCUAUCGACAUUGCUGAUCCUAGCAGUAUGCAGGACGCGUGUCAUAUGAACUUCGUAAUAGACCUCGCUCACCGUAGUCUCUGUAGCUCAGUGGUAGAGCAUCGGAGCGUGGAAUCAGAAGGUCUGAGGUUCGAUUCCUCAUUGGAACUCAGAAUAUUUUCUUUGUCCCACGCUCGUGACAAGACGAAAACAUCUUUCUUUAUUUCUUUGGAUCUGUUUGUACGAUCCUGUCGAGAAGCACUGUGACCUGCUUACAAACUCGUGCUUCUCUUUUGCUUCCUAGGUGGAGGUUUUCAAUAUUCUGUUUGUCACAGACAACAAGAAACACGUCGUGUAUUGUCAAGAUUGCGCCAGAAAGACCAGCAGUAAUCUUGCUGGAUUUAUAGUCCUCAAUCAGGUAAAAACCUUUCUCGUUACUGAAACACAGCCACUAACUUUUGAUCAAUCAUCGGUAUUUUAGACACUAGUGGUACUUGUCUGUGUGGAGUCCGUUUGAGAGCCGUCAAAAGUUGUGUGUACACGUAAAGUAGUGCGUGUAUCUUUAGUUAACCCUUUACACCCUAACAUCAGUAUGCAUAUUCUCCCUAUUGUUCUCUACACAUUUCCUAAGGUGUAACAAGGAGAAUUUGCUUAAUAGUGAGGAGCUUCUUUAGUUGGUAAUCAUUUCCUUUAUUCUCAUGAUCUAAAUGUGUGAUUCAGAGGUGAUAUUGUAAACAGAAAGUAGAUGCUUGUCACCCUUAGGGGUUGAAGGGUUAAGGAAAAUUAUUUUCAGCUUUUUUCGUUAUUAACUCGCACGAAUUUUCCCUUUUUUCAGUACACGCUUGAGGAGCUGACUGAAGUGUAUAAUAAUUUUAAAUUACAUGCGGUAAGCGAAAGUUCUUAUUCACGUAUCUGAGAUCUGUAUUUUGCUGCUCAAUACAAGCACAUUGAGUUGGUGAUUGUUGACGAGUCGACGUAGUUAAGCAGCCUUAAUGAUUUGUCAGCAUUUUGUUAUAAUAUAUUCACAAUUUUAUCCUCUCCGCUGUUUUCUCAGGUGACUCCCCGAGCUGUGGAAGCCGUACUAGCCCAGAAUCCCUCGCAGCCUUUAGGCGUGGUCGCCCAGGGUGUGAGCAAUUUAGCGUAG